UUUUAAUGUCGAGUGAGAACAAGCUAAACUAUGUGGCUACGGACUUAAGUUUCAGCUGGGACUGAGAGUUGGUGUAAACCGCUCGAGUGAUUGAGGUGUGGUUCGCUUAUUUUAAAAUAUCUGGUGAGUGGUAGGUGAAAUUAAAACUAAAGAUUUGAUGAGAUUUUGGCCAGAUUGAAGAACAUUUGUUUUAUCUCUCUGAAAGCAAGAUGACCACCAAACUGUAUGGAAAAGAUAUAAAGGAAUAUGAUGAGAUAGACAUAGAUGACCUUUUAUCCAAACUAACCCCUGAAGAAUUAGAACAACUGAGCAAUGAAGUGGAUCCUGAUGAUUCCUUGCUGCCUCCCAGUCAGCGCUGUAAAGACCAAACAACUAAAGCUCCCACAGGUCCAUUGAACAGAAAGAAACUGCUGGAAUAUUUAGAAAAACGUGCUAAAGAACAAGAAGACUGGCCAGAAAAUAAACCUUAUGAAGGUGGUAUCAAGCGAGGUAAAGUAUGGACUCCAAAAGAGAAGUCCAGAACUCAAGAAGAUGAAGAUCUUGAAGUGGAACUUGAUCUUGAUGAUGACUAUGAGCAAGCUCUUAUAGGAGCAUCAGAAGCUGAACUGGUGGACUUGGCAGCUUCUAAUCUCUCUCAGAUUCAUAAUAUUUCCAAAGAAAAAUUCAAGCGACUCUUUGAAGGGCUGAAAACCAACACAAACUUAGAAAUAUUAAGCUUGGCAAACACUGAACUUACUGAUGGUCCUGUAGAGAUUCUUCUUCAAGCUUUAGAACUGAAUAAGAACUUAAAGUCUCUUAAUGUUGAGUCCAACUAUCUCACACCACAGACAAUCCGUGAUCUAGUCAAGGCUCUUUUACCUACCCAAAGUGUCCUUGAGUUGAGGACUGCCAAUCAGAGUCCACAGGUUCUUGGCAACAAGAUUGAAAUGGAGAUUUCUAAGUUAGUGGAAAUGAAUGACACACUACUGAGGAUUGGAAUAUUUUUUGAGAUAGCUGAUGCUCGAAUUCGAGUUGCUGCCAAACUGCAAGAAAACAACGAUGCCAUUCGAGUGAAGAGAGUUGGAGCACAAUAAGGAAGUUUAAUUCAAUGGUGUUUACAACACCAAGUUGCUGACAAUUCACCGAAUCCCCUUACUUUCAAAAUUCAGCAUCACCAAUGAUUGUCUUUGCUGUAUCUUUGGGUUUCUUAUGUUUAACAUAUGUCAGGUUUUCACACACUUAAAUGUAUGCUUUUAGCUUUGAUACAGAUCAAUGAUUCAUAUUUGAUAAUGUUCUAACUUUUAUUAUUAUGUAGUCAUAGUGUAAUUUUAAAUCUAUUAUUAUUAUGACAUAGACGGUAAUGCACUUAAUAGUGACACAAAGAUAAUAAAACCAAGUUAUUGCUCAUGUAAGUUUUUAUUAAAAGUAAAAAAGGAUUUUUUGUAAGUUGAAAUGCUCACUCUAAAAAAAAUAUAUUUUUGGAUUUCAAUUGUACAGUAAUAUUUGAUUUAAGAAAAAGUCACUUUUAAGUAUAACGAGUAUCUGUCUCAUACAAAGACUAGUAUCAGUAGGACAGUUUUUACUAUACAUUUUUAACAAAAGUUUAAAAAUGUAGCACAGCAGACUAAAUGGAGAUUUUGUGCACCAUAUGUUUAUUAAAAGUAUUAAUGGACAAGAAACUAUAGUAUAAAUUUAUAAUAUUACCAUAAGUAUACAAGCCUUACAGUAGAGAAAACCUAGUGACAAAACUUUGUGUUUCAAUUUGUGUGCAAGCGUUACUCUCUUGAACAUGUGUGUGGUAUUGUACUUCGUGUCAUGGAUAGCUGUCUACAUUGUGAGUAUAAUAUAAUGAGAGAGAGAUGUAAUAAUAGGUUAUGUAUUUCUUGGUGUAUAAUGAGUGUUAAGUUUGCUUCACUAUUAAUAAUAAAAUAUUCGUAUCUUGUGCUAUCGUUAACAUUUUUAAAUGUGUAACACACACAAAGAAAUCUGUACGUUUUAAGUUUUGUAAAGGAUUUUUGUAGGAAACUGAAAAGAAAUUUAAUAAGUUAGCUAUUUAAAUAGCUUUAAUUACAUUAUUUAAAAUUUUACAUUGUAUGUUUUUUUUUUGAAGUGAAUAUUAAGAAUAAGACUCGAAUAUGCAGUGGUUGUGUUCGCUUUUUUGUCCAUCCAUUCCAAAAUGCAUGUGCCAAAAAUUUGCAUCAUCUGUCUUUCUGGAGUUGUUUUAAAGUACUUAAAUACCAUCUGUUUGGAAUUAAUAGAAUCUUGUCAUUCUGCCAAUGGGAAUACUUUCAUCAUGUAAACAUGACUACACAUGUAUCUAUGACUUUUUUGGAUUGAAUGUUGCCCAGAACAAAUUUUUAGACAAGAAGAAACUCAUACAUGUGCAAUUUUUGAUAAUUUUGUUGCAAUUUUACCCAAGGGGUGUUGAGUAUGUUGUUCACUGAUUUUAAGAAAUGCGAAUGUUGUGCUUUGCACACGUGCACUCUCACUUUGAUCAUGAAUAUUCAUCAUUGUUACAAAUAAAUAUAGGACCUGACUAGAUUAUAUUCAAAGCUGAUAAUAAUUUAUGUAACUCACCAGAACAAAAAUGAAUUUCUGAUUAGAAUUUAAAACUGACUUGUGUCAAGUUUGAUUUAUAACUUAGUGGAAGGAGUUUUCAAUAAAAUAUUUUUCAUCACUUAAUACUUAGGAUUAUUUCUUGAUUUGAAUUCAGAUUUAAAUAAAAAGUAAAUAUUGAGUGAUGAGGUUUGGAUUGUAUCAGUGGUAGAACUUGAUUUGUAAUCAAAGUUAAAAAAAAAGUCUUGAAACCCAAUUACAAUGUAUCACCUUGAAUUUUUAUUUUAGUCAUACCUAAUCACUAAGAAAUGUUAAAAGUUAAAAAGCAAAAAAUGAAUAAAAAAAUGCAAAAUUUAAACACUUUAACAUUAAAUACAAUGGGAAAUAUACUCAGUGUUAUUAAGCAGAACAGUGUCUCAACAAAACUUUUGGACAUUUCACAUCAUAAAAUACUGAUGAAAAAAAACUAUUAUGUAGAAAUUAUGUAGAUUUCUAAGACAAAAUUAUAUAUUAUUUAAGUGUAGUAAGUUGACGUUUAAGUUUCAUGCAACUUGGUAAAAUAUUUUCAAUCUUGCACUUCUUUUCAGCUUUUUGUCCAGUUCAUUUAUUUUGCAAAUUUUUUGUAUUAACACAACCACUAUGUAUGAUAGUGAGUGAAAAACAUAACAGGUACAGCGGUGUCAAACAGGGAUGUUACAAGUAUGAUAUGCUGUUCAAAAAUUUAUAACAAUCAUAAAAAAAAAAUCCCACUUUAAAACUUGUUUGGAAUUUUUUAGUUAUAUGACCUUGGAUAUCAGUUGGUUUUGUUACUGUCAAAAAAUCAACUAUUAAAUAAAAAAAAGUGGAAGUAAAGGCACUGUAUUACAUCUUUCCGGAAAGUUUGUGGACAGUAUUGUGUUAUGUUAGUGUAAUACUUUAUUUUAAUGUUUUAUUUGAGUUAUAGUGAGUUAGCAAACUUAUUGUUUAUAGUCACAUUAUAUUAGUUCUAUAAUGUUGAAAACUGUGCAAUGAGCAUGGAUUGUGUUUAUAUGUUUUAUAGAUGACUUUUACUUGCAAUUCUACAAUAAGUUGCAUUUCAAAUUGUGCCUCUUAUCGUGUUGUACAGUACAAAUAUAUAUGUUGUUCUUGUUUUUUUCUUUACUUUUAGCACAUUGUAUGUCUCAAAGGGCUAUUAAAAACUAUUUUCUGUGCAGGAAUUAUUUGUUGCAUUAAAGUAUUACUACAACCAGUGGGUUGGUAAAAAAAAAAAGUCAUUCUUUUAAAUUAUAAAACAUACUUUUAUAAUUAUUUGAAUUUUGAAAUAAAUAGUGUGCAAGGAAUUUUUAAGCAGAACACUAGACAAUAUCUGUUCCGUACAAUGAAAUUCAUGUACAAGUGAUGUACAGUAAUGUGGUUUAAUCUAGAAUUUGAAAUUUAAGAUUUUAUUGUUGAGCAAUAAAAAUCAUGUUUUUAUAAUUAUCUAGCAAAGCAAAACAAAUUCAAUAAAAGAUACUUAAAUUUUUAUCAUUUUAAACUUAUAUUUAUUAUAAGUUUUAGUAGAGCUUUAAUGAUAUAACUUGUAUUUUUAAUUGCAACAAAAGAAAUUGCACUGAGUUAUCUACCUGCUUAUGAUAUGAUAAUAAAUUAUACGAGACUUGAAAAAAAUACCUGUAUGAUAUUUGAUGAUUUCUAAAAAAGUUACACACUGAAAUUUUUUCAAUAGUUAUUACUUUUUUUAGUAUUUUAAUAUAUUUUGUGAAAUCAUGAAAGUUUUUAUGUACUAUAUAAACUAAUGUAAUGUAAUUAUUUAGUGUAAGCAUGUUUGGGGGUGUUGCUAUACCAUAGUAUUUUCUGAACGUUUUGAUUUAUGUUAAGUAAUAGACGGAAGAAGUCUCCGUGUGUUCAAUGCAGUUACAAGAAUGAAGUAAAAAGUUUCUUGUGGUGCACCAAAAGAUUUGUUACAUUUAUGAUUUUUUUUAAAUGUUGUUUUAGCCUUUAUUUGAUUCCUAUAAUGUUUUGUUGUAUUUUUUACAUGACAGAGCUAUUGUAUUGUAAUUGUCAGAGUUAUUUCUCUAGCUCGGAGAUUUAAAAAAAUUAAACCAGUGAGGAUUAAGCCUUUUUUUAAAUACAGUACAAAAUGCUAUAUCUGAAAUAUUUAUCCUGAAAGUCUGAAAAAAAUGUGAAGUCAGCUACAGCCGAUUAAAUGUAUUGUUCAUUCUUAUAAGUGCAUUUCUGAUUUGUUAAUAUAAACUUAGCAGAUGCUGAUACUUCCCGAGUGGAAGAAAUAGUCCUAAAGUUUCAUCAUCUCACAAUGUAUUCUUCAUUCUAGUUUUAUGUUAAUCAUUACUCGUUGCUUUUAAGUAUAGUUUAGAACUUCUCAAAUUAAAAAAAAAUUUGUGUUAUUGUGAAAUACUACAUUCUAGAAUAGUUAUUUGUUCCGAGUAAAAUUACAUGAGAUUUUAUAUUUGGAUAUUUGUUUAAGGCCUUAAAUAAAGUCUACCCCUUUAUCUA